UUUCCCAAAAAAAUGGCGGCAAGUAGCAAUACGCUGUUCAAAUUGCUACGGGAUGUGGCAGAUCAACUGGAGAGUUCAGCAGCAUCAUCAUCAUCAAGUCCGGAACCAUCAACGUCGUCAGAUUCAAGAUUGAUGACACCCAGACACCCAGUGGACACCGAAGUUGCAAGACUAUUUAGUCCUUACAACAGAGGAAGAGGAUUGGCGAGACGGACGAGCUUGCCCGUGAUGAGCCGUGCAGUAUCCUGCAGCUUUACUCAUAUCUUCUGCUGUCUUGAUGAUAAAAAUGCAGUUUUGGUACCCAGUCGCUGUGCAAAAGAGCGGUUGUUUUCUGCUGGAUUAGGAGAGAAACGUGUGACGUUUCGAGGAUGCCAUACAGAUCCCCAAAAAUUUAAAGAUGUCAUAAUGGAAGCUUUUCCAAAACUCCGACAAGGUGGUGGGUUUGAGUUACUAAAAAUAUCUGGGAACACAAGAAGCCGCCAUCUCAGCUUGAUACCCUGCCCAAAUGAGGGAUACCAUGUAAAGUAUUUGAAAGAUCCUCAAAAUCAAAUUGGUCAUUCAACCAUUUUCAUUCGUCCACUUCAACGAAACUUAGAAGUUGAAUCAACAAGCCAUCCUAACAGAGAUGAGUUGAUAGGACCACCUCAGAAAUGUGUUGUGUGUGGAGAUGAAUUCCCGUUUGCAGAGAUCAAGUGUCAUAGUGAUGAGUGCAUGAGGUCAGCAGAGGUCAGUGGUGAGGUAGUGAGUGAGAGAGCUACACAAAGUGCCACUUCAAGCAACACUGAAAGUAGAAUUGUGAGGCAGGAGAGGAAUGUUUCAAGUGCCAGUGUCAGAGACAGAGCAAUGCAGGUUCAAGGAAACCAUGUUUCACAGGUCAUCACAAUAGAUUGUGAGGAGGGCACUGAACUUGAUGAUUGGAAAUUUGAGCCAGAUCCGACAGAGGCCUUAAAAAAGUACAGAGAAAUCAUCUUGAGGAAGCAUGAAACUGGAAAGGAGCUCAGUUUGCAGAUGGACAUGAGAGAGUCUCCUGAAGAUAGGGAGAGGGCAAUCCUGACUUUUUAUAAGACCGCAAAUGUAGAAUGGGCUUGCCCUUUAAAAUGUACACUACAUGGUGAUCCCGCAAUUGGAGAUGGAGUGACUCGUCAUGUUUUCGCAACAAUUAUGUCAAAACUUCAGCAUGGUUUUGAACUACAACUUGUACCAGGAGGAACUCUUCUUUUUGAGGGUGAAAAGGAUCACUUGAUUCCCUCAACAUCUCAGUGUCUUCUGGAUAGUGACUUCUUUGUGGUGGCAGGUCGUAUGAUUGGGCACUCUUUUCUGCAUGGUGGUCCAUGCCUAACAGGUUUAAGCCCAGCAAUAGUGCAUGUGCUUUUUGGUGGAUCCCCUGAAACUGCCACAAUAGAUGUUCUGGACUGUGCUGACAUUGAUGUCCGUCAAGUAAUAAAGAUGUUGGAAGGCACAGGUGAAUUAUCAUUAGAAGAAAAGAGCGCUAUUACAGACCUUGCGGUGUCUUGGGAUUUGCCUGGAGUGACAUCAGAAAACAGAAGAUGGCUGCUUGAAAAACUACUCAUACAUGCUGUCCUUGAAAGAACCUGCAAGCAGGCAAAACAGCUACGCCGGGGUUUGAAGGAGACGUUGAUCUGGCCUUUGCUGACUGAAAGGAAAGACACAAUUCCUCUUCUCUUUCCUAGGACUAGUGAUACACUGUACACCCCAUUGAUGAUCUUGGAGAGGAUACAUUGGCCUACAGAAGAUGAAGACAGUGAGGUCUCAAUUGAAGAAACAUGUAGGCUCACAGGAUUCCUUCGCACAUUCAUUGAGAACUCUUCUUAUAACACCUUGCGGUUUCUGCUCAAAUUCUGGACUGGAUGGGAUGUGCUGCCCAGGAGCCUAGAUGUUGAGGUGGUGGAGGGAAACCUACCGAAGUCUUCCACAUGCUAUCAAACUCUCAAGCUUCCUAGUCAUUAUAAGGACUACAUUGCCUUUGAGAGAGACUUUUUUGCUGCUAUCUGGAGCACAGAUUAUGGAUUUGGAAUGGUCUGAUUUCAUACUAGGAAUAC